AUGGAAUAUGAAGAGGAUGAUGAUGUUUCCUUUGCAAAAUGGAUGAGCAGCUUCUGGGGACACAACUUUAUCAAUGAGAAUGAGAAAGAGGGUAGAGGCUACAAGAAACAUCAAACGCAAUCCUUCCAUGAAAGGAGAGCCUCCCUGCCGGCCAAUCUUCCCUCCCUCCAUAAAACACGACUUCAUGCUUCUACCAAAGGCUCAUCUUCAGGCCAUCUCAAGGACUCUACGGAAUUUCAAGAAGACCAAGAUGUCAAAUGCCUCCGCCACAGGAAGGCAAGCAGAACACCUUCAUCAGGCAGCUCAUGCUCAGAGUCAAGAUCAAACUCCAUCCAGGAAUUUGCAGAGUCCUUUGAAAAGCAAUUGCGUCUGAAAAGCAAACGCUCAAUUUCUUUGCAACCUGAAGGCAUGAAGGAGAGAAGAGAGAGAGAGAGAUUGCAUUUGAGAAAAAGCAAGUCUGACAAGAGAAUGGGAGAGAAAUCAGAGCCCAGAAGAGAGCAGAAAGAAGAUGAAGGUUUAGAAGUUGUAUCUGCAAAACACGAUGAACAGUUUCCAUCACAAGCAAGCACAGAGGAAAGAUAUUUAUGCACAGGCAACUAG